AUGUUUAAGAAGCACUGCUACGAAAAUUUAAAAUGUCAUGGCAACAACAACAGCAGCAGCAAAAACAACAACAACAGUUGUAACAUCAACAAGAACAUCAUCAAAUUUUUCAACGGUAAUCGUAUCUACUCGAAAUACAAUACCGACUGUAUCGAUAGUCCUCGGAAGCGUACACAUGACGACGAUUUUGAUGACACCGAUUCUCAAACCGGUAAAAACCGUAUUUAUCCGAAACCUAUGAAAACUCAUCUCUACAUCAUUUACACGUCCAUUAUUAUAUCCUACGUGUUGGUUAUAUCCGGAUAUAUCGAAUCACAGCACCGGAUAUCGGUUCUGGAAUACCGACUCAGAGAUAUUCAUCAUAGCCAUCAGCACGGCUGCUGUAAAGGCGAUGACCUCAAGCCGAAUUUUAACGCCACCAAAUAUAAGACUUCAGAAGUUUCAAGGCUCACGAAUCUAAACUUUUGGCGAAUUGAUAAGGACAUACUACUGGGGAAGGGGGUUGGUAGCCGCGACAGGAUGAUGAUAAAAAGUUAUUUCAAAUACCAUGGUGGCGAUGACGAUGGUGGUGGUGGCGGUAGUAGUAGUAGCGAUACUGGACACGUGUGGCUCAAGCAAAACGGGCUGUACAUCGUCUAUGCACAGAUAUUAUUCCAUGAUGUUAAGUGGCGUUGGUCCAUUGGCGUCAUGCUCGAAAACAAGGUAAAGGCCAAAUGUCUGGAGACGGAGCAACUUAAAGAAAUCCCAAAUUAUUACCCCGAUUCCCACAGCGUAUACAAGCAGUGUUCCGUGUUUACGAUUGUGAGGGCACGGAGAGGUCAAAGGUUAUCCAUCAGGGAUAUGUAUGGGGAUAGGGCGAUACACACGCACCCGGAGUUCACUUUUUGGGGUGUUAUUAAAAUUAUGUGAUUUUCAAAGAUUUGAUUGGCUGCCUGUUGAUUGGUUGGUUGAUUGGUUAAUUGAGUAAUUGAUUGGUUUGCUGGUUAGAUGGCUGGUUAGUUGGUUAAUUGAUUGAGUAACUAAUUAAUUAUUUAUUUGGUGGACCUAUUUUUAUUUUCAACGUUAUUACAUUCUGCAGAUUUUAUUAGCUUUUUCGUGAAAGGAUUUUCGAGUGAAAGGCAAUAUUCAAUUUUUAGCCUAUCUUGUUGAACAAUUUUUAACGUUCAUAAUCAUUCGCAUUCUCGUUGA